UGAUUUGAUUUUCAGCUGAGACUUCCUACAAGCAGAGAUCACCAUACGUGGCUUGUUGGCCCUGGGGAAAUAAGAGCUAAACUUGUCUAAGAGUGAAAUAUGCAGCUUGAGCAAAAGCUGCAGCAAAGUUUGCUCUCCUUCUCUUAUUCGUGAUGCACCAGCGGCCACAGAAGGUCUAUUUAAUCAGCUUAAAGUGAAAGAAAAGCUGUGGGAGACAUCUGAGCUGACACACAUCGUCACUGAAUGCCAUCUAUGUCUCAGAUCUGUCACCUGAUGCUGGCCAAGCAAGUGCUCUCAUCUCCUGUGGACCAUCUCCUGUGCAGGAAACAGAGGUGAGAGAAAUGCCUCAAGGAUGUUACUAGAUUCACCUUUAUGAAUGAAUGUGUACUAGCAAGAUGCUAAGUUGGAGAGGGAUGUGAAAUUAUAUUAAGUGGGCUGUUAACAGUUGAAGGAACUGAGCUGAUGGUUCUGUUUCAAAGAUUUCCUUGCCUGGCUGAGUUAAAGCACAGUUGCAGCAUCUUUAAUUCUUUUCACUGACAGAAAGUGCUUUAGAGAAUUUUGUUCUGCACAAUGAGUUACUUUCUGUCCUACUGCAAAGGACAUUGUAGUUCCGUGCUGUCUCAGUACCAAACCCUGCGAGAUGAAGGCUUGCUGUGCGACAUUUUAUUGAAGGUGAAAGAAAAUGAGUUCCCUGCUCACAAGUCUUUGUUGGCCUGUUCCAGUGAUUACUUCAGGGCCGUGUUCAAGAGUUACACUAAAGAAUCCAAGGCUGCCAUCAUUCACUUGCAAGUCAUCUCAGCCAUUGGUUUGCAGCAUGUUCUGGACUUCAUUUAUACCUCCUGGUUGCCCUUGUCUUUUGCCAGCCUGGAAGAUACCUUGGAAGCUGCCACUUACUUGCAAGUGACUGAGGCAAUUGGCUUGUGCAGCCAAUAUCUGGCUAACAAUCUUACCUUGGAAAACUGCUGUUUUUCUGCCAAUGUUGCGGCAAAAUUCUGUCUUCCAGAUGCUUUAUCAGCAGCAGAAAAAUAUCUCAUUUUCAAUUUCUGGAAACUCCUGGACCUCAGUUUUGCAGAACUACUAGAACUGAACUUCCAGUCUUUAAAGGCAGUAGUCGAAAGUUCAGAUGUGCCUAUGGUGAAAGAAUCUAAUUUGCUAGAUCUAUUGCUAAAGUGGCUGAAGUAUGAUAAAUUGAGGUUAACGCAUACAACCAGCGUUUUAGAACAAAUAAGAUAUGGUCUUAUUCCUGUGGAAAAUUUGAGAAAAGUGUACACUCAAACAGAAGUGCCUCUAACAGCUCCCAUAAAAUGCUUAAUCAUAAAAGCAAUAAACUACCACUCAUUGAUCUUUAGACAACCCAUCCUGCAGGAUAAGUACAGCACCUUGAGAAACCAGAAGACACAGAUUAUCCUGCAUGGAGGUAUGAUUCACCGUGAAGGGCCCAGCAGGGAUGUGGUGGCUUUUGAUGUUUACAAUCACAAAUGGCAAAUAUUAACACAGGUGCAGGAUCGAGUACAAAAUCAUUGUGUGUGUACAGUUGGAAACUUUCUGUAUGUGCUAGGUGGAGAAAUAGAAGAUUUGCAAAGUGACUCUAAAAGUCCCACUUUGACAGUUACAAACAAAGUCCAUCGCUAUGAUCCCAGAUUUAACAAUUGGAUACAAAUCAACAGGAUGCUAGAAAAAAGAUCUCAGUUUUCUUGUUGCAUCCUAAAAAAUACAAUUAUUGCAAUUGGAGGUCAAGGUGAGAAUGGAUCGUUACAUUUAUCUGUUGAAGCCUACAAUAUUAGCCGAGACUCAUGGACAAAAGUUCGAGAUCUGCCAUGCAAAAUGCAUGGUCAUGCUGGUACUGUCUGCAAGAAUAUUGUUUAUAUAUCAGGUGGGAAAUGCACGGAUCAAAGUAACACAAGUAAGGAUUUGUACUCUUUGAGUACACUAGAAGGAGAAUGGAGAAAGCAAGCCCCAAUGAGCAUUGCUCGGUUUGGGCAUCAGAUGGCCACAAUCAGAGAGUCCGUCUUCACAUUUUUAGGCCUUUAUGAACCAUUUUCUGAAAUCGAAAAAUAUGAUCCUGACCAAAAUCAGUGGACUCGUUUAAGGCCAUUGGUCUAUGAUCGAUUUAGUUAUGGUUUGGUGGUAGUGGAGGAAACUGCCCUUCUCAUUGGAGGAAAAAAGUGGCAAGAUUCCCAGGAGAUUCCAACUCAAGAUGUUGUGGGCUAUGAUAUAGACAAUGAUUGUUGGGAAGAAAUCUGUAAAGCUUCAUUACCUUGGUAUGGAUUGCAGUGUGCAGUGCUACAGCUGUCUGAAUUAGUAGAAGCUAAAGACAUUCAACAACAAAAGAGACCAACUGUUUAGGUAACACCUUGCUAAAAAUGAUCUGCAAGGACAAUUCAGCAGGGCAUAAACCCUUCAGGAUUUCUAAAUAUUAAAAAUGCCGCACUGUUCUUAAUAUUAGGAGAUAAUAUUGUGAAAUAGCAAAUAGACUUGAAUUUUCUGAUAUUUCAAAGCACAAAGCAAAAUAGGUAAAGAUUAAGAACAUGUUGCCAAUGAGAGCUACAAGUUAAUUCAUAUACAACCAUUUUGUUUGUAAUGAUAAUUGGAAAUGAAUACUUGAUUUGAACAUUAAGUAAGGUAUCAAGAAAAAGAUGCAUAUAAGUGGAUUCUCCAAAUCUUUUUUCAAAAAUGUAUUUGAUACAGGAAUUGGGGGGGGGGGAAAUCCCACUGUUUACUAGCUUUCCCCCCACCCCCAAUAUAUAAAAAGGUUUAUAUUUUUAAGAUCUGUACUGCACCAAUACAUGGCUGAGAUUAAAUGGGGGGAAGGGGCAUUUAAUUAAAAAAUGCUCCCUAAAGAAAUGCACCAUGUUUUGCAAUUAUUUUGGGGGUGGGGAGGGACAGGGUCCUGUGAAACAGGGUAAAAAACGUGUUCAUUCAGAGUGAGCGUAAGAAGGAACCUGAUUUGGCUUCAUUAUGCCUUCACACAGCCAUUGGUGUCAUCAGGAAAUAUAUUUAGAGUGAGAACAAUACUUGUUAUGAUUUAGUUUCAUGUACUGCUACAUAGUCUGAUUUGUUUGGCUGCAUAACUGUAUGAUGUUACUACAUUUGUCUGCAUUAUUUCUGACUGUCCUGGAUCAUCUCAAGAAAAAACUAGUUCAUUUUUAAAAAGUAGAGCUAAAGCUUCAGAUUUGGAAAAAGCGCUGUAAAUUCACCCCAUAAAGCAUAAAUUCCCUCCUUGCCCUUUCUCUUUGUGUGUCAUGCUUUUUAGAUUGUAAGCCUGCGGGCAGGGACUGUCUGUAUUAAUUGAUGGUAUGUAAGCCACUCAGGGAGCCUUUUUGGCUGAAGAGUGGGGUACAAAUACAAUAAAUAAAUAAAUAAAUAAAUAAGUGAAACUUUGCAGUCCUUAAAUCUCCAUCCCUCUCCCCAUUUGGGGAAAAUAUUGUCAUAGUCAUACACAACAGAAACAAAGGAUAGCAAUACUGUGUACUAACUUAAGGCAAAAAUCAUCAGCAGGUCUAAUUAUUAUAAAUUUGAGUGGAAUAUGAAACAAUAGUAUCAUAUACACAGCUCUUCAGGAAAUAAUAUCCUGUACUUUAUGCCGUCCAGGGUCAUACUAGGAAGAAGAUAUUUGUUUCUAGCUGUUGAAUGACUCUGUGCUACAGCACACUUUAAAAAGCUGCCCAAGGAUAUAUUAUAUAUGAUGUGUUUUUGUUUCAAGGGGCAACUUCAACAAGGCAUCAAAAGUCUCUUUUUGCAUUACUGCCAGAAUAAAAUGGCUGUGAGUUUUGUAGUUUUAAGACAUCUUUAUUGACAGACUUGCAGAUAUGGUUAUUUGGCUUCAGAGUGUGAAAUCUGACUAAUUUAAAUGUAUAAUUAUACAUUUUCUUUUCAAAACACCAUCUAUAUUAAAUUCAUUUUAUAGCAUACCCCUUUGGUCUGAAAAAAUCGUACAAUAAAUACCCAUUGAAGCACUUUUAAGCCUAGUGUUGAAAGAAGGCAGCACAACGACAAACAACAGCACCAUUUCAUGCUAGACAGUCUGACAAGGCGAGGCUGAAUUUCAUCCUUGAAGCUAAGUCAUAAAUGCUGUCUACAGCAAGAUAACGUGCAGGCAGAAUAACUGUUGCAUAGCAACAGUUCGCAGUUGUGUAAGCUGCGUGACAGGCCAAUCCUGGAAAUUUUCUGGCGGAGCCUCACUCUAUACCAGUGAUGCAUAGACAGCCAGGGUAUGCUCAUUCCAGUCUCUGGGGAUGUUUGAUAAACCCCUAGCUCCAUGUAUAAAUUUAAAGACUCCUAGCUCCACUGUGUUUGUAAUCCAUUUCUUCCAUGGAGUCAGUAUCAGAAGAAACAAGAAGCUUCUGUGUGUGUGUGUGUGUGUGUGUACACACACACAGAGUACAGCCUGAAAAAAUGUCCAGGAAUUUCUAAUUUGUUUUAUCUAUUGCUGAUAUAAGUUUUUGUCUGUUUUAAGAUUUAGGCUGUUGAUUUGUGUUGUUCGUUUACUGUGGCUUCUACUGUAUUUUACUCUAUAAUGUGAGCCAUGCUGUGAAUCUUGUGUGGCAGGUUAAUUCAAUCAAUAAAAUAGAACACCUGUAUGACAUGAUUGCACAUGUGUAAAUUUUAACCUGUGUUACUGAAGCUAUGAUUGGUCACACCUUCUUGGUAUGUGUACUGAAAAGCCUUGAAUAAGCUCAGCUCUUCAUUAUGCAGAUACUGAACUAAAUACAACCAUGAGCAACUGGUGUAAAUGUCUGCUACACACAACUUUCAUACUUUCCUCCCCAAAGGAACAACUUUCUGUGUAGGAAAAGCAAGUGAAGUGAAGGUAAGCAAUGGAAUGUGUACAAUCUCUAGGCUGAACUGCUCUCUGAUCUGGAAUCCCUAAUCUACAAGAAGGUUAUGGAGCAACACCCAUACAAAUAAAAGAAUUAAGGACAUCAGAAGCUUCCUUAUACUGAGUCAGACCAUUGGUCCAUCUAGCAACACUGACUGGCAGCAGCUCUCCAGGGUUUCAGACUGGGGAUGCUGGGGAUUGAAUCUUGGACUGGAAAUGGUGGGGAUUGAACCUUGGAACUUUUGAAUGCAAAGCCACUGAACCAUGGCCCUUCCUUACUUCCCUACGGUACUACGGAAUUCUAGUGCUACACAGUGGUGCUUAUUACACUGUUCAGAAAUCCUUAGUUGUGCUAUUGUAACUUCAUUUUGACAAUCAGGCUAUGGUUAUGUCUAGAAAUUAAUCACUUGAUGUACAUUGUAAGUUCAUAAAAUGUGUGUAUGCAGGGGGGUCAACAAGGGUCUGAAAUAAACAUUUG